AUGAAGAAGACCUUCAACGUGGAUUCGCCUAGCUUCACACCAUCUUUUUUGUCCGCGACUGAGAAUGUCAAUGCCAAUGGAAAGAAAUCCACGGGGAUCUCCCCAAAGGCAGCGAAUGCAGCGCCCUUUCUCCCCAAAUCUGCUGCAGUUUCGAGAGCCGAUACAUCUACACCAGACUGGCCAGUGGACGUUCAAGAAUUCAUCCCUCAAAGCUACAGUUCGAGUCAUAUGGCCAACGGCAGCGAGGGUAGCGCAUAUGAUCAUUUCCAAACCUCCUCCAGUCACAUACCAGCUCAAAGUAGUUUGAAUUCUCAACCACCUCUAUAUCAAGACGCGCUUUCAAUGGGUGGAGCUGGCUUCUUUCCCAGCCAAAGUGGCUUUCAGCAGCCUGCACAGUAUCACCAGUACGCCCCGGUAGGGCCCCACAACCAAAAUCUCCAAGGCUAUCAACGCAAUGUCCAUGAUCUUUUCAUUCCAAAUGACUUCCGAGAAGAAAUCCAGAAAAAGGCGGCAGCCACUUUGCAGACUAUUCCAAACCUCCAUCUACCGGCUCAUGUUGAAAGCUACCACUCUCUUGUGCCACUUGACACCAACCAGAAGAGCUCUACCAUUCUUGGCGGCUAUUCAUCGUGGAUUUACAAGGCGCAGUCGAGCACCAAUGGCAAAUUCUUUGCUCUGAGGCGAAUAGAAGGCUUCCGUCUGACGAACGAAAAGGCAAUUCGAACUGUGCAAAACUGGAAAACACUCAUAAAUUCGAGUGUGGUUGGGAUUCAUGAUGCUUUUACUACGCGAAAUUUUAACGAUAGUUCCCUCCUUUUUGUAUGCGACUACUAUCCCAUGGCAAAAACACUUGCAGAAUACCAUUUGGGGCAAAGCAAGCUCCUCAGGAGUCGCAAUAAUCCCGAACAGGUCUCAGAAGUUGUUCUUUGGGCGUACAUGACGCAGAUUGCUUCUGCUCUCAAAGCCAUCCAUUCUAGAGGUCUCGCUGCACGAGUGAUUAGCCCAUCCAAGAUCUUGCUUACCGGAAAAAAUCGGAUCCGACUAAAUGCAUGCGCCAUACUUGAUGUGGUGCAUUAUGAUGCUCAGGUAGCUGUUCCACACCUUCAACGACAAGACCUUGUCAAUUUCGGUCUGUUGAUACUCUCGCUCGGCUCGAAUACACCCGAUGCGUCCCAGAACUUCGCGAAGGCUAUGGAUCAGUUUAAGCGACAUUAUGGAAAAGAGCUUCAAGCUGCUGUGGUGUGGCUGUACAGUGCUAUGCAAAAUCAGGAAAAGACAAUCGAUCAAUUUCUCUCCAAUAUUUCAACACAAAUGGUCACCGCCUUCGACGGUGCCCUUCAGCUAGAUGACCAGCUCAACAGCGAGUUUGGCAGAGAAGUGGAAAAUGCUCGCCUUUUUCGCCUAAUGGCGAAACUCGGCUUCAUCAACGAGAGGCCGGAGUACGAGCAUGAUCGUCAGUGGUCGGAGAAUGGGGAACGAUAUUAUCUAAAACUCUUUCGAGAUUACAUUUUUCAUCAGGUGGAUGCACAGGAGAACCCUGUUGUUGAUCUUGGACAUGUCUUGUCAUGCCUAAACAAAUUGGAUGCAGGAUCGGAUGAACGGCUUACACUUGUCAGCCGUGAUAAUCAGAGUUGCUUUGUUGUAAGCUAUCGAGAACUGAAGAAGGGGAUGGAGUCUGCCUUUCAGGAACUCUCCAAAAAUGCAAGAAGGUCGCACUAG